AGGCGUCCCGCCCAGCCAGUCUCACUGGGCCCACGGAUAUCCAGAACCCGAAGAAAGCCCCGGGGACCCGAUUUCCUCUAAUCACCGUACGGAAUUCGUGAUGGUUUAUGAGAGGGAGCUUGCUGCUGGGACUGCCAGAGACGUCAGCAAAGCCGCUGCCCACAGUGACUCUCCCGCAGAAGCCCCGCAGCUCCCGGAGGGGGAGCGAGCUCUGUUGGCUGCCAGGCCUGAGUCCCACGGCCCCGCUGCGGGGAGCGCGCUCGGCUGGGUCAGCCACGGCUCCCCCGAAGGGGACCAAACCGGGGUGCCGGUAAGUCAGCGCCCAGAGGCAGCAGCCCCCGGACAGACAGAGGCACCAGUCACGACCUUGGUAACUGCCGACCUAGAGCAAAAACUAAUUACUCCCAAUGCUGCGGAGGUCGCAGCUGAUUCUAAUGGUCCCAUGGGAAAGAAGAACCCUCGUGAGGUACCCAGCUCUCCGGAAAAUGCUGAAAAAGACAAAUGUCAGAUAAUGCCACUGGUGAGGAACGCAGGCCACAGAGGUUCUGAAGACCUCUCACACGGCAACCAUGAUGAAGUGUUUACUCUAGAAGAUUUUCCAACGAGCACUGCUGAGGCCAACUGUGGAGCGGGUGUGUCCGAUAAUUUGCGCCUUACCGAGGAAACACUGCCCAGUGAUGCGGAACAAGAUGGGAACCGAGCCGAAAACAACUUCAGACGAACCAGUUUUAAACAGGAGACAGCAGAGUACCCAAGGGUUUCAUCAACAAGGCUGAAUUCUGAAGGAGAUGAGAACAGAAAUUACUAUCACCAAAUAGACGUGCUGCUAUCACCUCAGAAGCAAAAGGCUCUGACAGAUUGGAAUUUGGAAAUAAAUAAUCUCCGAAAAUUGUCCCAGGAAUUGGCUCCCAGAAGCGCCAGAGCCAGCGACGGUUCCCAGGAGGAGGCGGUGGCCCAGUGGGCGCGAAGGCGGCAGCAGUUCCGAGAGGGCAAGCGCUGCAGCUCGGCCGGCGGGAGCUCCUUCGCCAGCAACGUCACCGAGGGCUCCGUCACCUCAGAAGACGGCCGUUCUGUGGAUCUCGGCUUCCGAGUUGAUAUUGAGGAAAAGGGAUUCUACACGGAGAAUUUUCAUUCAGCAGCAUGGGUUUUCCGUGGGGAUGACGGGAAUCCGGAAGACAGUCCCAGAUGUCUCAGUAAAAAGCCUCGACCAGUAGCUGUUCGCGAGAGAACCGUGAGGCUAUUCAAAGGAACUGGAGAUUAUCCCUGGGGAUUCCGAAUUCAGUUCUCCAAACCAAUCAUGGUCACGGAAGUGGAUGCCAACAGCGCCGCAGAGGAGGCCCGGCUGCAGAUUGGGGACGUGGUGCUGGCUGUCAACGGCACUGAGGUCACCAGCGCGGAGCACGCAGAAGCGGUGCACCUGGCAAGGAAAGGUCCAGAUAUCUUGACUCUGGUGGUGGGCUCUGACAUCAGCCGCUGUCCCAACACCCCCUGGCCCACCUGCCGUGGUUACCUGCAUAAGAGGACACACUCGGGGUUCAUGAAGGGCUGGAGGAAGAGGUGGUUUGUGCUGAAGCAUGACGGCUGCCUCCAGUAUUACAAACACAAAAAGGAUGAAGGGAAAUGGCCGCCUCUAGAGAAAAUAAAAUUAGAAGGUGCAGAAGUCGGCAUUGAUAGCAGCUUAGGAAAACCAUUUGUGUUUAACUGUGUGCCUCAAUCUGGAAAUAGGACUUUUUGCCUCUGUGCAACCUCAAACCAAGAAAUGAAAAGGUGGCUGGAGGCGAUGGACAAGGCGGCCCAUCCCGUCCACCAGAACCAUGUCUGGGAGGACGUCACUCUGCACAACAGCAACCUCCCGCCCCUGGCUAUCAAGAACCCAGAGUGUCUGGGUCUUCUGCACCAGCUGGACAGAAGCACGGACUCGUGGGUCCAGCACUAUUGCAUCCUGAAGGAUGGCUGCUUGUACUUCUAUGCUAGCAUCCGCUCCACCUACGCCUCAGCUGGAUUACAGCUCUGAAAGCCUCUAUCAAGAAAUGGCUGCCCCUGC